AAUGUUUAUUUAAGCUUCAAUUCCAAGAACUCGUUUGGCUAUAACUCCAACUAAUGUGAGAUAUGUUUGUUUAGAUUCAACUCCUAAUAGGUAGUAGUUAAAUAUGACACAAAGAAUAGAUGAAAAAUAACCAAUUAGAUAAGGAAAUGAUCGCAAUUCAUUUUUAGUCAAUUAAAAUAAAGAGAAUCUAAAUAGGAUUCCUGGGAAUUCAUUUUCUCUUAGUUCAACUUCGAAGGAACUCUAAAUAUAAAUCCAAGAAUUAACUAAAUAAAGAGAUAGUAUGUAAUAUACACUUUAGGAAGCAAUUAGAAAAAGCAAUAUUAUGGAAUAAUAAUUAGAUGUAUUAGAUUGUAUAUUAUAUAAGUAAUUGUAAAGUUAGAAAAUUGAAUAAGCUAUAUAAUUUUAAGUUAAUAUGGAUUAAUUUCAAGACUAAAUUAAUAUUUUGACAAAGAAAUUAUAAGACCUUAUUAAUGAUAACAAUUAUCUCUAAGAAUAGUAUUAGAGUUAAUAAUUUUAUAUUGAAGAAUUAGGAUUCUAAGAAGAUGAUCAAUUUAAUAUGACUCAUAACUUUGGAUAAAUGUGA